AUGGUUAUGGAGGCUGAGAAGUCCCAUGAUGUGCCCUCUGAAAGCUGGAGAACCAAGAAAGCAAGUGAUAUAAUUCAGUCCAAGGCAGAAGCCCUGCGGGGAGGGGGUGUGCAGCACUGCGUUGAUGACUUCUCAGAAAGAACAAUUACUUCAUCACUUACAUCUGAAGGAAAUGAAGGUAACUCUGGAGACAGAGUUUCAUUGCCAGAUGAACCAACAUGGGCAAGUACCAGUGAAAGUAAAUAUCGCAUACGUCACUUUAGUGAAAGUCAUGAGCCAUCUUCAGAUAGUACUAGCUCGUCUUUGUCACUGUUUCAUUCAGAAGUACAGGAAAUUUUUCCAAGGUGCAGAGGGUGUCCUGAAAACGAGCAUGAAACAAUACAGUUUUCAUCUAAGAAAUUAUCUUCCAUAAUGAAAGCCAACGAAAAUAAAAAUUUGAUGUUUUCUUCUGACGUUAACUUUUCAAGAAUUUCUAGAAUCAUUAUAGAAAGUGAAGAUCUAGAUGUGGCACCACGCCCUCCUGCCCAUUUAUUUCUUUCUAGAGACCAAGUCAGACUUCUGGAAGAAAAUGUGAGAAAUAAAAUUCCUUUAACAUCCAAAGCUACUUUAGAGAGUAAAACUACCUAUCUGUACUCAAGGUCUCAAGAGCCCUUGAUUCAGAAUCAACAUUCUGUUAGAAUGGACAUUUCUGCCGAAGCACAAGAUUCUUUUCCGGGACAAAGUUCUCUCCCGAAUCAAGAUUUUUCUGAAGCCCAGUUUACUAGUCAAGCCCAACAACUUGUUAACAACCAGGAAUCAAUCAAUAGCCAGCCUGAUAUCAAGGCCAGAUACGUUGCUCUGCCUCAAGAUUUGAUGAGGAAACCACUUACCAGCAGCACACAAGGCUCCUUCCAGACCCAACAUAGGGACAGGAGCCAACAUUUGGUCCAAGUCCCACAUUCUGUUGAGACUCAAGGUUCAAUCAAGGACCUAGAGUCUGAUACAAAACACUCAGAAGAGGCCCAAUAUUCUGUUUGGUUUGAAGAUUCAAACAAGAUUCAAUAUUCAAUCCCAGGGCAAAAUAAUGUUUUUAAUAAUGCCAGACAUCUAGUUUUAACUCUAAGCCCAAAUUCAGUUGCUAAAGUGAUGCCACAACUAAAGAGUGUAAAGACAAAGGGCCAGAAACAAACUGCUAGCUCAAAAUUAAACCAGUAUCCUGCAUAUGGCUCAGUGCCUCUUUCACCUACCAUGACCAGGCAGAAAAACAGAAGAAAAACAUUACAUAGUAAAAGUAAAUUUAGUCUCAAAGUUCCACCUCAAAAGUCAAAGAAAACACCAACUUCACCGGUAUUUCAAAUCACAGUAUGUCACACUUCAGAAUGUAGCAAGUUAAGACACAGGUAUAAAACUAAGAAGAAAGAGUUACAUCAAAGAAAAGGUAUAUCAGGUAUAGCGUUGUGUCAUACUUGUGCUUUCAAGCUUGUUCCUCCUUAUAUUAGGAAGUAUUCCAGGAAAAGACUAGUGAAAUUUAUGCCAGGUUUAACAGGAUGUAGACAUUUUCCGCUGAAGCAAAAUAAGUCACUGUACGCAGAGAAAGUCAACUAUGCGGGGCCUGUUGAGAAAAGAGGAACCUCAGGGAGUACUAAAAAUGAAAAGCAUCAUGGCAGAGACAAUAAAGAACUAAAAAACAUUUCACCAAAAAUUCCACCUCAGCUAGAAGAGUCUUUCAUGGUCAAUACUUAUAAACAAAAAGCACCUUGUUCUUCAUUAAUAGGAACAAACUGGAAGAAUAAAGAGUCUCUUAAAGACCCAAUUUUACAAGCAAAGGAAAUCGAUAUUGCAGAGUUUUGUGCCCCAAAUAGUGAAAAAACAUCUGACCUGCAUAUUGCAAAGCAUGAGACACCUUUAGAAGAAGCUAUAUCAGCACCUUUGCAGAAAUUUGAUUCCUCUCCCAAAAUGGAGUCAGACAGAAGAAAGAAAACAUGGGAGGACCUAAAAAGUACAGAGAAUUCACAUCUUCUACUUACAAAUGGAGAGAAGUUACCAACUAGUACAUCAGAAAUGCAAAGGUGCUUUCCAAAGGGAAAUAGCCACGAAAAAGAAGAUUUUCUUGAAAUUGUUCUGGAGUCUUCAGAUGUCAACUUGCUCAUUUCACUAGGAACCAAAAAGCAUAAAAGCAGUGAACAAUCAGCAGGUGUAGAAAUUCAAGAGAGUCCAGAAGGUGUAAUUGAGAAGGAAAAGAAACCAUUAAUAGUUAAUGUUACAGAAGAUGGUGACCUAAGUGAAAGUGAGGAACUUGAAUGCAACACUAGAAGCAGCAUAAAAAAUAGGCAAGAUGAAAGAAUAUCUGAUGCAUUUCACGAUGCCACUCACACUGCCCUUUCUGAACCACCUCAUAUGGAAACGCAGAGUGGAUUAAAAACCAAGAGAGAUACAUCAAGAAUAGGGCUUAGUCAUUCAGCAGUAAAGCAAGACGAAUUACCAGAUGACAAGAAAACAUGGAGUGCAGAAUACAUUGAGAAGAGAUGUAUAUUUAAAAAACCACAGGAACAUGACAGAGAGGAAGAACAACAGGCUCUACAAGAAGCAGAUCCACAGCUAACACCAGGUUUCAGGUUCAGUCUACAACUAAAGCAGAAGCCCAAGUACGUCAAAUUUGAAAUAGGACAUAGCUGUUCAGAAAGUAGAACAACUCAAAAUGAAGAGCUAGAGGUACAACCACACACUCUUUCUACAGAAACAAUUGUGGGGACUGGUCCAUGCCCCACAAUGGAUCCAUUUCAAGUUGAGAAGGUGAAGCAAAGCACAGACAGACCUACAGGCAGGGAAACUGCAGAUCCAGUGCAUCCUCUUACAGUGUCAGAGAGCUUGCCAGUUUUAACUGAAACAACAGAACAUGGUGUCGCAUUGUGUGGAAGCCCCGGAAAGCCCCUGGAUGAUCAAAUUGCAGAAGAAAAGGAAGACUUAAAAAGAGUUUUACCUGAAGUUGCCCUGGGGUCUUUCCAUAGGCGUAUGCUUCCUUUAUCAAGUGUGAAAAGGCGGAGAAUCAGAAAAAAAUUACCAGAAACCAAAAAUGUACUCCGUUUCAACCAUGUAAUUAUGAAAGUAAAGACACCACCAAUACAUCAUAGAAGAAGAUUGAGAGGUGAUUUCAAAAUCAUGAUUAAACAAAUACUGCAAGAUAAAACUGUGGCAGAUAUGCUUCUGAAUGUUAUUGACCCUCACGUGUCUAUUUUGCCUCAUAUUAGAACACACAGCAGAUUAAAUGCAGAGAAUCACAGUCAUACCAAGCUAAAACAAGAGGUAUCAGAAGUUGAAAGAGAAGAAAAGUGUUCAGAUACCAUUACUAAAGGAAGUGACUCUGGAGACACACCAGAAGCAGCUAAAUUGCAAGAUGAAGUGAGUGGGGACAAAGAAGCUUCACCAGAAGCAGUGCUGGAGGAUUGCUGGAACCUCAGAUUGGACGCAUAUCCAGAGAAAGAGCUUAAAAUGAAGAAAGAAAUGCAACAACCAAUCACAUUUGCAGAGAUCAUGAUGGAGUCUGUUUACUCAGCCAUAACAGAUCCAUUUCAUGCUGAGAAUAUGAAGAAAAGCCUGACCACACAAACAGAUUUAAGAUGCACUGCACAUUCUGAGAUGCCUCCUCCAGCAUCAGAAAAAUCACUCAUUGGAGACCCUUUAACAACAAGAGAAAGUGAUGUCCCAGAUUAUGGAAGUGAUACAAGGGAAAUGGUUUAUUCUUUUGCAGAAACAAAGGCAGAGUUACCCAAAGAUUUACCAGCAAUUUUCCCAGAGACUUUUAUUUGCCACAUGCCUGUUUUAUCUCAUUCUAAAGUGAAGAAAAAUAGAGUAAGAUUCUCACACUUAGAAAGUAGAGUGAAGUCCAAGUCUGUACACAUGAAGGCAUUGAAGCCAUCAAUUUCACAAAUAUGUAAUAUCACAGGUCAUAGAGAGAAACUGGAAUCUGACUUUAAGGCCAAGUUUGAAAAGAUCAACCAAGCUAAUGGGCUGGUUUAUGAAUUUCUAAACACCCUUUACUCUCCUGUGUACAGCAGGUUACAAGAAGAGACAAACAGCUUCUGCCAUGCUCAAGUAAAGCUCCAGGGACUAGCAGGUGAGGGGAGACCACAGUAUGUUGAUUUCUUUGAUAAGAGUAGUGCAUUCUAUGACAGAGAAGAAAAAGUACAAGACGGAGAGGAAGAGGAGCAAAAAACAUUGCUAGUAACUGCUCUGCAGCAUACCCAGUACCUCUGGAUCAAUAGGUAUCAAGGGAAAGAGACCCACCUUGCCAAACCAGACCCAGCACUGGACCGUUUAACACAGGAACAAGAUAUACAGCACCGAACAUGCUUUACACAAACUGCUUUGCAGACUGGCCUCCAGAUGGGUCCUCGAGAAGCUAAGGAACUCCAGAAGAUCAACAAACCAGAAGAUGACAUAACAGCCCCUACAAGUCUGGAGAUUCCAGCUCCUGAGGCAGGGAACUCAUCACUUGAUAAACUUUUGAACACUACAACAGAGUGUGGCCUACCAUCUGGUGGAAACCUUAAAAGGGAACUAGAUUCUUAUUUUGUGGGGAAAAAUUCAGAGUUACCAGAAAAUUUGCAAGUGACCUUCCCACAGUUUUCUGAUUCGGUUGACCCCUUUGUUUCUAAAUCUAAAAGGAAGCAAAACAUAUUAAAAUUAGCAAGGAAGCACAAAACAGUGACACCAAAGAAACCAAUCUUCAAGAUGAAGAGGAAGAAGAAGGUGAACAGGAGAUGUUGUUAA